AUGGAUGAAUAAAAGCAAAAUAAAAUCAUAUUAAAAGUAUUAUGUUCUUAAGAAUUAGAUUUUAGUAAAAUAAGCUUUAAUACAGUAAUAUUUAAUUAACAUAAAUGUAUGUUGUCUUUUGAAUGAUUACUUUUACACUAUUGCUUUAAAUGGCCUUGCUAUAAUUUUCAUCGCUUUUGUUUAUCAUAUAAUUCCUUUGAAGAGUAGUAAAAUAAAAUACAUAGUAGAAUAUUCGUUACUAGCUGGAGUUUAAGUAAGAUUAAGUAAUAUAUAUUAGAUUCUUGCAAUUUUUAUGAAGGAAUUACUAAUAUAUUUGGCAAGUUCAUUGUUAGGUUUAUCAAUUCUUUCAGUGCUUUUUAAGAUUUGCAGAACUCAGUUAAACGUUGAUCAAUCACUAGGACUUUUUAAAUUAGUAAUUAUAUAUAGGUUAAUAGUUGAAAGUGUGUAGGAAUGUUGAAAUGUUUUUUAAGUUUGCAGCUUUUAUUUUUAUCACUGCAUCUAAAUUCUGUAUUACCAUGGAGCUGGAUGUAGAUAUUUGUUAUAUUGUGGUUUAUUUUAGUUUGUGGUUUACUUUUUUAAAUUUGUAUGAUUUUGAAUUUAUUGUAUAAAACUUUGAAAAGAUUGAAUUAUUCAAUUGAA